AUGAUGCUCAAUAUAUUUUCCGCUUUAGCCUUGGGAGGCUCCCUCAUUGGUAUUGCUGUGGAUGCACAGAAUGCGUUUCCUGGCGCUGUGGGAUUUGGUGCUAUUGCGACGGGUGGAAAUAGUGGGACGAGAUAUCGUGUCACGACGCUUGCGGAUUCCGGAGCUGGAUCGUUCCGAGAUGCCGUGAGCAAGUCAAAUCGCAACAUCGUUUUCGAUGUUAGCGGAUACAUUGUUCUCAAGUCUGCUGUGUCGCUAUCCUCAUCCAUCACUAUUAAUGGACAGACUGCUCCUGCACCCGGCAUUGGUAUUAUGGCUGGAGAGGUAUCGGCAAGUGGCAAGAGCAAUAUCAUAAUCCGAAAUCUUCGAAUGAGGCAAGGGACCUUGGAUAAAGACAACGGCAAGAGUGCAUUCAAUAUGGGAGGAGCUAAGAACGUCAUCCUCGACCACUGUUCAGUCGCAUACGGACAAUGGGAUUCCAUCGACGGCGUCGGCAUAACCAACAUCACCAUCUCCAACUCUAUCAUCGCCUUCCCCAUCGGUCAACAAUUCGGCGCCCACAUCGAAGGCAACCAAGCCACGUACUACGGCAAUCUCUGGGUAAGCGGCCACAGCCGCCAACCCCUGUCGAAGGCCAACUCCCAGUACAUCAACAACGUAGUCUACAACUACCAAGCAGCCUACACUGUCGCCAACACAGGCGAAGUCUUCAACCACGACAUCAUCAACAACUAUUUCAUCGCAGGACCGAGCACGACUUCAGCCAGUAAUUACUACUACCAAGUCAAUGCCGGGCAGAGUGUGUAUGCCAAAGGAAACUAUGCGGAUACGAAUAAAGAUGGUGUGUUCAAUGGAGCGCUGGAGAAUAAAGUGGGAAGCGCGAAAGUCCUGACUGCACCCUGGGCGCGCGAUUCUGCUGCUAUGGCGUCGAGAUCGGCGGCAGAUGCGUAUAAGUAUGUUCUUGCUAAUGCGGGAGCGUCGCCAAGGGACGAGGUUGAUGCUUUUGCGGUCAAGACCGUGCAGUCUCUGGGGAAGUCGGGGGUUAUUUAUAAAAAUCAGGCGAAUACGGGGCUGAGCAAUGGGGGAUAUGGAAAGCUGUGA